GCUCUGGAUGCCCGCCGGUCUCUAGGCGGGGUGCCAAAUGCCGGGGCCUAGGCGUCUUCCCUCCCUUUAUGGUUUUUUGUUGUUUGUUUUCUUUCUGUCGAUGGCUUUGAGCAGGCCGUACGUGGCCAUGGCAAGGAGUUGAAAAGCAGAAAAGACGAGCGAGAGAGAACACACCCCCAGACCCCGGCUUCGCCGAGCCGCCGGGGGAGGGGGCGGAGGAGGCUGAGCCAGGCAGUCGCCCGGCGGCGACUUGAGAGUGGCGCGCGGGAGGAGCGGCCGCGCGGCCGCCGUCCUUUCUUCCUCCUCCCCCUGUUCUUCUUCCCCUUUUCCCCCGGCGGGAGUGGGGAGCGGGAACCCGAAAGGGGGAAAGCCAUUAUCAAAACGCCCCAAAGACAGCCGGCGAGAGCGCGCGGAGACCGAUGGCUUCGCUGUACCAGAGGUUCACGGGCAAGAUCAACACCUCGCGGUCCUUCCCGGCGCCCCCGGAGGCGAGCCGCCUCCUGGGCGGCCAGGGGCCCGAGGAGGACGGCGCGGGGCCCAAGCCCCUCGGAGCCCAGGCGCCUGCUGCGGCGCCCCCGGAGCGCGGCGGCGGCGGUGGCGGUGGCGCGGCCGGCCGGCCCCGGUUCCAGUACCAGGCGCAGAGCGACUGUGACGACGAAGACGAGCUGGUGGGGAGUAAUCCUCCACAAAGAAACUGGAAAGGCAUAGCGAUCGCACUGCUUGUCAUCCUGGUCAUCUGCUCCCUGAUUGUCACCUCAGUGGUGCUGCUGACACCAGCGGAAGAUAACAGUCUGUCUCAAAAGAAGAAGGUGACUGUGGAAGAUCUCUUCAGUGAAGAUUUCAAAAUUCAUGAUCCCGAGGCUAAGUGGAUAAGUGAUAAAGAAUUCAUCUACAGAGAGCAGAAAGGAAGUGUGAUACUGCAGAAUGUUGAAACAAAUACUUCUACGGUGUUAAUAGAAGGCAAAAAAAUUGAAUCGUUAAGAGCUGUCAGAUACGAAAUAUCUCCAGAUAGAGAGUACGCUCUUUUUUCAUAUAACGUGGAACCAAUAUAUCAACACUCCUAUACUGGAUAUUAUGUCCUGAGCAAAAUUCCUCAUGGGGAUCCUCAAAGUCUAGAUCCACCAGAAGUCAGCAACGCAAAACUUCAGUAUGCAGGAUGGGGCCCCAAGGGUCAACAGCUGAUAUUUAUCUUUGAAAACAAUAUCUACUACUGUGCACACGUCGGGAAGCAGGCCAUCCGUGUGGUCUCAACUGGGAAGGAAGGCGUGAUUUACAACGGCCUUAGCGACUGGCUGUACGAAGAGGAGAUUUUGAAGACCCACAUUGCCCACUGGUGGUCUCCAGAUGGUUCGCGGCUCGCCUACGCCACCAUCAACGACUCCCGGGUGCCGGUCAUGGAGCUGCCCACCUACACCGGCUCCGCCUACCCGACCGUGAAGUCCUACCACUACCCCAAGGCUGGAUGUGAAAACCCCAGUAUCUCCCUGCACGUCAUUGGCCUAAAUGGACCCACGCACGACCUGGAGAUGAUGCCGCCUGACGAUCCACGGAUGAGGGAGCACUACAUCACCAUGGUCAAGUGGGCCACCAGCACCAAGGUCGCCGUGAACUGGCUGAGCCGGGCGCAGAACGUGUCCAUCCUCACCCUCUGCGAUGCCACCACCGGGGUCUGCACCAAGAAACACGAGGAUGAAAGUGAAGCCUGGCUCCACAGACAGAAUGAAGAGCCAGUGUUCUCCAAGGACGGCCGGAAGUUCUUCUUUGUCCGAGCGAUCCCGCAGGGGGGGCAGGGGAAGUUCUACCACAUCAUGGUGUCCUCCUCCCAGCCUAACAGCAGCAACGACAACAUCCAGUCCAUCACCUCCGGGGACUGGGACGUGACCAAGAUCCUGGCCUACGACGAGACACGGAGUAAGAUCUACUUCCUCAGCACGGAGGACCUGCCGAGGAGACGCCAGCUGUACAGCGCCAACACGGUGGGCAGCUUCAACAGGCAGUGCCUGUCCUGCGACCUGGUGGACAACUGCGCCUACUUCAGCGCCUCUUUCAGCCCCAGCGCCGACUUCUUCCUGCUCAAGUGCGAAGGUCCUGGGGUCCCCACAGUGACCGUGCACAACACGACAGAUAAGAAAAAAAUUUUCGACCUAGAAACAAAUGAACACGUGCAGAAAGCCGUAGACGAUCGGCAGAUGCCGAAAGCAGAAUACAGGAAAAUCGAGAUCGACGACUACAACUUGCCCGUUCAGAUCCUCAAGCCAGCGACCUUCUCCGACACCACCCACUACCCCUUGCUCCUGGUGGUGGAUGGCGCCCCGGGGAGCCAGAGCGUGGCUGAGAAGUUUGAGGUGAGCUGGGAGACGGUGAUGGUGAGUAGUCACGGGGCCGUGGUGGUCAAGUGCGACGGCCGUGGCAGCGGCUUCCAAGGGACCAAGCUGCUGCACGAGGUGAAGCGGAGGCUGGGCUCUCUGGAGGAGAAGGACCAGAUGGAGGCUGUGAGGAUGAUGCUGAAGGAGCAGUACAUUGACAAGACACGCGUGGCCGUGUUUGGGAAGGAUUACGGCGGGUACCUGAGCACUUACAUCCUCCCAGCGAAGGGCGAGAAUCAAGUCCCGGUUUUCACCUGUGGCUCUGCGCUCUCCCCGAUAACAGACUUCAAGCUCUACGCGUCUGCAUUUUCCGAGAGGUACUUGGGCCUCCACGGACUUGACAACAGAGCGUAUGAGAUGGCCAAGGUGGCGCGCCGGGUGUCCGCGCUGGAAGGGCAGCGGCUUCUCCUCGUCCACGCGACCGCCGACGAAAAAAUCCAUUUCCAGCACACCGCAGAACUCAUCACGCAGCUCAUUAAGGGAAAGGCUAAUUACAGCUUACAGAUAUACCCGGACGAGAGCCACUACUUCAGCAGCGCCCCCCUGCGGCAGCACCUGUACCGAGCCCUCAUCGGCUUCUUCGUGGAGUGCUUCAGGGUCCAGGACAAACUCCCGACAGUAGCAGCGAGAGAGGAUGAGGAGGAAGACUGACCGAGCCGGCCCGGAGCGCGCCCGGCGCCUGCUGGACCAGUGGACACCGACUGGGGAGCCCCGCCUCGCUCUCCCUCAGGGGCCUGGGUGGGGGCAGGAAGCGCCACCUUCCCAGCAUGUGUGUUUCUGGUCCUGAGGGCAGUUUUGCCCCAGAAACAAGCGCCUCCCCGGGUGGAGAUGCAUCGUCGCUCACAAGGGCUUCCACGGAGCCUGGAGCCGUCGCCACCCUGGAGUGACGGGUACCUCCCCGCGACCCCUCCCCGAGGAACAAAGCGAAGGACGGAUGGCCGUGCAGAAGCUGGCCCUGGAAUUCGAGCUCACGAGCGGUAGCGUUGAGACCCGGCCUCCGCCCGGGUACCGCUUCCACUCCAGGGCAUCAUACCCCGUCUGAUGUCACCGCGCCAUGGACCAACUAGAGCACAAUUGUUUUCCUAGUACUUGUCCAUAGAUUGGCUCGCGCCUUUCUGUAAUUAGGAGAUUCUGCAUUUUAAGGGGCUGUACGAAGUGUUACUGUAGCUACGCUAAUGGUUAACCUUAUGGAAUUAAUGCGUAUUUUUCUAUGGUUUUUACCUGACACUGUCUCUGGUCAUGGGGUUGCUUUGCUGUGCUUUUUCUUUCUUUUUUUUUUUUUGCUUUGUUUUGCUUUGUUUUGCUUUGUUUCGUUCAGUCAGUAUGUAGGCUUUGCACUUGUUUGGAUAAAGAAACAGAUCAGAAGUAACUGCUCUCUCCUCAAUGUCAUCAUUAGACUUUGUGGAGACAUUUCAGAACACUGAGCGGGAACAAAACAUCCAAUACUCUUCACUAAAAGAAGUCAUAAAGGAAACCUGUCUCCCGCCAAAGCUGCAUUAGGGUCUGGCUUAGAGUUGCCUUGUGCAUCUCCCUGCGCCCUUAGGCCAAUCCUUUUCCUCCCUGAUAAGCCGGCAAGUCUUUUCAGGUGACGUUUGGUUAAAAAACAUGAACAAAGUGUUGACUCCACCUCCAGGUCUGUCACGUGUGCUGGGUGACAGGAACCCUGGAGGCAAGUGAGGCCCGCACCGGUGUCACCCCGACCCUGGGGUGGCUCUGUCCCUCCGUGCCGCACGCAAGCAGUGUCGUCGAUGUCCCUAGCCUGGUAAGACAUCCUCUGAGCAGGUGCACAGCCAGCAUCCCGUGUAUAUUUCACCUUGUUGUAUAUAAAGACGGGAAUGCGGUCAUGGCGUCGCGCCGCGUCCCCUGCCCUCCGCCCGGUUUUCGUCGUGUUCUGCCUGCAUGCCACAGCCUGGCUGAGCUGCUCUCUACAAGUGCUUGUUGGAAAUACAUUGACGACCGUCAUCGCCUCUGGAGCUUGUUGACAGCCUGAGUGUCAGUUCGGAUUUCUCCAGCUCCCGGUCCCCCUGGGAAGGGGGACUCCCUGACAUUCUUAUCAGCGGAGAAGAUACGUCCAUGUCACUUUUGGUGUUUGGGGGUUUGGGUUUCAUCUGCACGAGCUUUGAAUGUCAGUUGUACUUAGUUCGAUUGGAAGAUCUCCGUCACAGGAUUGUUUUUCAGGGGAUGCAUCGCCGUUUGGGAAAAGGAUGAAUGUGCCGACCAGCAGGACCGCUUGAGCGCUACAUGGCCAUGCUUUUGCUAUUUCAAUGGGCUCGACGGACUGCAGAGCCAACUCAGUCUGAAAAGGGAAGCCAGCUCUGGCCACAAGAUCUGGCAGGAGGGAGUGAGGAUGUGGCAUGGUAGUGUUUGUUCAUCCACGGAAUAAAACAUUAUUUUACCACUUGGA